GAAGCUGAAUUUUUACGAAACAUGAAUCAUAGUUGGUGUGAAAUAAUGUUGGUUGUUUGGUACUCGGUCGUUCUUCUCCUUCUUCACCAACCAGGAGAUAUCACUGCUUCAUUAAGGUGGCCUGGAGGAAUUUAUGGUCUUCCCAAACCUAAAUCAGGGUGUCCCGAAGAAUGGGGAAAAAAUAGAUGGGAAGAAAAUGGAGCGAUGUACCAAAAAACAACACAAGGACGUACCAGCAACGACAAAUCAAAUGACCUGCACUUGGCUGGGUACGUCAAACCAAGAGAAGUCAAGAUUAAUUUUUGUAUCAGCAAAACCAAUCCUGCUGGCCGUCAACCGUGGCCGAAAGGAGAAUACUGUAUCUACAGCAGGCACCGUAUUCGAAGCAUGGUGUGGGGAUUCAUUCGAAUGUAUGACGUGGGAAGUAAAACCUCUGCUAGUAAUACGUGCAGCAAUACCUUCUUUGAAGUAAAAUGGUAUCAUUAUAAUCGAAAAAGUUAUCUUUAUUCAGUACACUUUAAGUGUCAAACAAGAGGCAACAAAAAGAUUCCAAUCUCGUUGCCGAUAACCAAACCAUUUUAUCUGCUGCCUUAUGGAUCACGUGACUGUUAACAAGUGAAAUGGAUGGUAGCUACAACUGAAUGGAUCAAAGACUACACGUAUGAAAACCGCUACAAAAGGGGUAGACUACCACAUGACAUUAGGAGAUACGGGAAGGAAUUAACAAUGUAUUACUGCUAUUAUCAAAGCUGCAACUACACUAGAAAUGACAACAGGGGUGUUUUCCAGUCCCCUGGCUUCCCCGGUAAAUACCCGGAUGGACAGCUGUGCUCGUGGAGGAUCACGGUACCUGAUAAUCACACCCUAUUUGUGAACUUCACAAAAUUA